AGAACGUACCCAACAGUUGCAUACAAACAUUGAAGCGAUUUAAAUUAAACACUAUUUCUGCGGGAGUUAAAACUUGCCUAAUUAAGUGAAGUCAUACAAAAAAAGUAAAUUAAUUUUUCAGUUCAGGAAAAAACAAUGGCUACAAUUCCAGCAAUGUUGAGUUUGAUUAACGAUAUGGACCGUUUGACUACGGCCAUUUCGCCAUACUAUCACAGCUAUAACUGGCCCAUGAGCCGGCAGUUAGCCCUGGGCAAACCCGAACGGUCAAUUUCCCCCUUAGUGGGUAAGGAUGGUUUCCAGGUGUCGAUGGAUGUGGCGCAUUUUAAACCAAGCGAAUUGACUGUCAAGGUAGUAGAUAAUAGCAUAGUCGUGGAGGGGAAGCAUGAGGAGCGUGAGGAUGACCACGGUUACAUUUCUCGUCAUUUCCUUCGACGUUACACGCUUCCUAAGGGAUAUGAUGCCAACAAGGUAAUGUCGUCGCUUUCAUCAGAUGGAGUAUUGACUGUUAUGGCACCUAAGCCGCAGUUAGAAGACAAGUCCAAUGAACGUCAUAUUCAAAUACAACAAACUGGUCCAGCACACUUGAAUGUUAAGGACAAUACCGAAGAGAAGAAAAAGUAAUCUCAUUAUACGUCGUGCAAAGAUCAUUCAUAAAACAUCGUACAUGCAUCAUCUCGAGCUGGCCUGGAGUUUAGUUUAAUACUUAUUUUGCUAUCAAUACGCUUAAUUUUCUUAAUUUAAGACAUAGUUUGUAUUGAAAAGAAGUAACACUCGAAUAAAAAAAUUUAUUUUUUCUUUAUAAAAA